AUGGCUUAUCGGUUAGCUUUACCACCAGAGUUAGCCGCUAUCCAUGAUGUAAAUCUAUCGAUUAUGAGAUUUAUUAGCGCUUCCAGUCUAGCAUCGCUUAGUGCUUUUCUAUUUCUAGAGAGUUCUAAUCUACUUUGUCCGAUCCCCAUGUCGACCGAUCUCGAGACUAGGGCUAAAGAGGCCUUCAUCAAUGACCACUUCGAACUUGCUGUUGAUCUCUACUGUCAAGCCAUCGCUAUGAAUCCUAAGAACGCCGAGCUCUUCGCCGACCGCGCACAGGCUUAUAUCAAAUUCUGCCACUUCCCUG